AUGUCUACUGAAUCAGCAGCCACCAACAAGGACGCCAAGUUCAUGCCGCUCAACGGGAGCAACUAUGCACAGUGGGCGAUGUACAUGGAGGCUGAGCUGACUAGGAAGGGGCUAUGGGAGGUCGUGGAGUUCGAGUACAAGGUUGGCGCGACCGAGGCUGAAACGCAGAAGGCCAUAGAGGUGGUGUCACAAAGCACUAAAGCACUUAACCCAAUUAAGGGCAAGUCUGCUUUUUGGUAUGCAGUCUGGAAAAGGGGCUUAAAGGGCCCUUAG